AUGGCUACUCCAAUAUCAAGCCCUUUGUUGCGCCCACUACUGGCUGCGUGCUUCUCAGCCAGUUUAUAUGGUGGUCGUGUCAUUCGUGAAGUAGUAGAACAUCAUGUUGCACUCGACAUGGUCAAUAAACAGGAAGGUACCUAUGAUCCACAGACAAUUGCCGAUCGUCGCUCACAGCAACGAAUUAUCUACGCUUUACGUAAAUCUUUUCCACAAUUGACCAUUGUGGGUGAAGAAGGUGAGCUUGGUCCACCAGCUCUCGAGGACGUCGUACAGUGUGAUCUCAAGGCACUUGACAACGUGACCUUUGACGGUGGUGAUGAUGUCCAGAAUCUUGUACUAAAUUGGAAAGAUCUUGUACUAUGGGUCGAUCCACUGGACGGUACCAAACGCUUUGCUGCCAAAAUGUACAAUGAAGUGUCGGUACUCAUCGGUAUCUCGUACAAACAGCGUCCUAUCGCAGGUGUUGUCCAUCUGCCCUUCCAUGGCAAACAUGGCAUUACCUAUUGGGGUGGUCCAAGUGUUGGUGUUUUUCGCAGUGAACAUCAUGAGAGUGAGGCUCAGAUAACACACGCCAAGCUCUUGAAGCAAACAGACAAGUCGUCCAAGCGCGAUCUAAUCUGCACCGUGUCGUCAACUGACUGCGAAUUAGUUAACAACGCGUUACAGUUGCUAACCCCUUCUACGAUCCUAACGGGUGGUGCUACAGGCACGAUGGUGCUCGGUGUUCUGACGGGUCAAAGCGACGGAUUUUUCCGUUUUAAGGCGGCAACGCGCAAGUGGGAUAUCUGUGCGGUCGAGCCUCUCAUUGAAGGGCUUGGCGGUAAGCUCACCGAUACGCAGGGCAAUGUGUACAUGUACGACCACAUUAACAACGCACCCGAUUUCGACAAUGAGCGUGGAUUGAUCGCUUGUGUAAAGCCUGAGACGCACGAGAUGAUAGUAAACGUCAUCACAAAGGUCAACCUUACGAGCGCACUGGAUGGACGAGAGAUGACGCCGCAGUGGUUUCAAGAGUGCGUUUUUCUCGGUCGACAAGUGUUGGCGGUAAAUGUGAUUCCCGAUUCAGUUCAUCGCGGUAAACACUCUGCGGUCGUAAAGCUCGAAGUGCAUUUCAAAGACAACGACAGCAAGAUGGUCGUGUUUGUGAAAAAGUCGGCGAGGAACGAACUGCCGUCGAGGUCGGCUGCACACUGGAAGCGCGACAUUGCUUCAUACCACACCGAGUCGACAUUUUACGCGCACUUUGCGUCGUCGUUACAUGCGCGAGGCGUUUCUCUUAUCCAACCGCUUGCAGUAUUCCAGAGUGAUGCUGCUGGAAAGUGCACGACGAACAUGGUCGCUGAUAUGGCCAGUGAUGCAGAGCAUGUGGCAACGUGCUCGAAUCCUGAAAACUUUAUGAUUCUAUUGGAGUGUCUGGGUGCAGUGUCUUCUGCAUCUUUAGCUAACUACGAAGCCGCUGAUUGUCUUGGACGUGUAGAUACUCAACAAGCAUUGGUUUACCUCGCAAAUUUGCAUGCGUCGAUAUGGGGACAAGAAGAUCUAAUUGAAAAAGCGCGUUCGAAGCUUUGGCCGGCGGCGUGUUGGUGGGCAUUCCCGAAACGAGGUGCGACAGAACUCGCACAAGCUUCGUACAUUUGGCCGCAAAUGCUUGCGAGCUGGAAACAAGUUUUCAUAUCCGAGUUGGGUUUAUCAUCAACAGCAGCGCUGGAAUCACUUGGCGAACGCAUGAUUGAAGAAGCCGCAUACAUCAGCACUUGCCUUUCCGUGGACUCAAACGCUUCAUUAAGCACAGUGGUGCAUGGCGACUUCAAGAGCGCCAACCUGUUUUUUGAGUCCCGGUCACGCGAAGUCGUGGCGUUCGACUGGCAAUGGAGUGGUGUAGGUCUCGGUGCAAUGGACGUUGCAAACUUUCUCAAUACGUCGGUAAGUAUUUCACUACUUGCUAAUGACGAGAAUGAGCUCGACUUGCUGCACUUCUACUACGAUCGCUUGAGCGAAAGACUGCAGGCGCUUGACGUCACGUCUGAUUUGCAAAAGAGCUACCCCUUCGAGGCUUUUCAGCGGCACUACGACUUUGCUUUCCUCGAGUACGGGCGUCUGCUAAUUUCCAAUUUCUGGAAAGACAUGACUCCACAGAGCUGUUCAGCCAAGGCCUAUAAUGUCAACUGUGGUCUUGGUUAUCGCUCGGUUCCUCACGUCGUGCGAAUGGUGCGUAAAUUGCACCAAGGCCUGGAAGGCGUCAAGUCGGAGCGAUUGAUGUCAUAA